AUGCAAAUCGGCCGGGUGCACGCCCCCUCCCACGCCAGCUCCGCGCGGGGCUCCAGGUUCGCGGGCUGGCCGCAGGGAGCCACCAUGUUCAGCCAGCAGCAGCAGCUCCAGCAGCUUCAGCAGCAACAACUCCAGCAGCAGCAGCUUCAGCAACAGCAAUUGCAGCAGCAGCAGUUGCUGCAACUCCAGCAGCUGCUACAGCAGUCCCCACCGCAGGCCCCCAUGCCCAUGGCGGUGGGCAGGGGGCUCCCCCAGCAGCAGCCACAGCAGCAGCUUCUGAAUCUCCAGGGCACCAACUCGGCCUCCCUCCUCAACGGCUCUGUGCUGCAGAGAGCUUUGCUUUUACAGCAGUUGCAAGGUAUGGGGGAAAAGGCAGUGCCCCCCGCCCCCUAUCCCUCUUCUCCCCUCUUCUCACCCACAGGUAACCUCCGCAGCUACAACCUGGCAACCCCAAACCUGCCAGCCCCCAGCCUUACACCCCCCCAGCUGGCUACCCCAAAUCUACAGCAGUUCUUUCCCCAGGCCACUCGCCAGUCCCUGCUGGGCCCCCCUCCUGUUGGGGUCCCCAUGAACCCCUCCCAGCUCAACCUCUCAGGGCGGACUCCCCAGAAACAGGCUCGCACCCCCUCUUCCACUACCCCUAGUCGCAAGGAUUCUUCUUCUCAGACAACGCCUGUGGAAGACAAGUCAGACCCCCCAGAGGGGUCUGAGGAAGCCGCAGAGCCCGGAACUGACACAUCAGAAGGUCAAGAGUCCCCCCACUGCCCAGAUGGCAUCACUAAGGAGAAAUGCACCCCAGCCUCAGAGCCGGAGCCUUGUGAGGCAUCGCAGCCACCAGCCAAGAGGUUGAAAAGCUCAGAGGAGCCUGCAGAGAAGGGGCCUCCAGGGAAGCUGCAGGCGAAGGUUCAGCCACAGGCUGGGAUGACAGUACCGAAGCAGACACAGACGCCUGACCUGCUGCCUGAGUCUCCAGAAGCCUGUGUGCCACCACGAUUCCCACCACGGGUUCUGCAGAUCCAGGCCCAGGUGCAGCCACAGACUCAGCUACAGAUGCCCCAAAUGGAUGCCCAGGUGCAGCCAAAGCUGCAGAAGCAGGCACAAACACAGACCUAUCCAGAGCACUCAGUGCCUCAGCAGAAGCAGGUGCAGCCACAGGUGCAGCCACAGGCACCUUCACAGCCCUCAAAGCAGGCACAGCUGCAGAAGCAGGCACAGACACAGACGUACCCACAGGCACAGACCCAGCUGCAGACACAAGCACGGCCAAGGGUCCAGCCCCUGGAACAGCCACGGGAGCAGCAACUUGAGCAGCCUCCAGUGCAGUUGCCACCGGAGCAGACCCAGGGGCAGCCUCAGACCCAGCCACAGGUGUUGAUGCCAGCGGAGCAAGCACUGGUUCUAGAUCAUGGCACGGUGCUGGACACACUGCCUGAUAUGGUAGAAGCUGGGGGAGGCCUGGAGGAGGCCUCGCUGGGGCCAGUGGAUGCCCAGGUCAGCAUGGAGGAGAGCCAGGAGGAAUCUGCCAGCAGCCUGGAUGUGGGAGAAUGUGAAAAAAGAGCUGGAGAGAUGCUCAGGGUGUGGGGUGCUGGGGGCUCCCUGAAGGUCACCAUCCUGCAGAGCAGUGACAGCCGGGCCUUUAGCACUGUACCCCUGACUCCUGCACCCCGUCCCAGCGACUCCGUGUCCACCACUGCCGCCGCCAGCAGCACGCCUUCCAAGCAGGCCCUUCAGUUCUUCUGCUAUAUCUGCAAGGCCAGUUGCACCAGUCAGCAGGAGUUCCAGGACCACAUGGCUGGGGCCCAGCACCAGCAGCGGCUCGGGGAGAUCCAGCACAUGAGUCAAGCCUGCCUCCUGUCCCUGCUGCCUGUGCCCCGGGAUGUCCUGGAGAGAGAGGAGGAAGAGCCUCCACCCAGGCGCUGGUGCAACACCUGUCAGGUGUACUACAUGGGGGACCUGAUCCAACACCGCAGGACUCAGGACCACAAGUCUGCCACACAGGGAAGGGAUGUGUUUGCCCACCUUCUGGUGCAGGGGCAGAGUGCAGUGAGGUCCAGAGAUAUGUCCAUAGAGGAGUGGAAGGGCUCAGAGACCUACAGCCCCAACACUGCGUAUGGCGUGGACUUCCUGGUGCCUGUGAUGGGGUACGUCUGCCGCAUCUGCCACAAGUUCUACCACAGCAACUCGGGGGCACAGCUCUCCCACUGCAAGUCCUUGACCCACUUUGAGAACCUGCAGAAAUACAAGGCAGCCAAGAACCCCAGCCCCACCACCCGGCCAGUGAGCCGCCGGUGCGCGAUCAAUGCCCGGAACGCCUUGACUGCCCUGUUCGCCUGUGGAGGUCGCCCACCCAGCCAGCCCAGCACCCAGGACAUGGCCAAAACCCCCAGCAAGGUGUCAGCCCGACCUCCCCAGCCCCCACCACCCCGUCGCUCUACCCGCCUCAAAACCUGAUAGAGGGAGCCUGUGCCCAGCCCAUCUAGGUCCAGGUCUGCUAAUGCUUUUUAGGAGUCUGCUUGGAAACUCUGACAUGGUUGGUGUUUUUGCUUAAAAUGCAAUAA